UCUCAUCACUGACUUUUAUUCUUCAACCCUGAACACAUUAAUCAUUCAGCUUUUUCAUUAUGGGAAACUUUUUUGCUUCCAUUUUUUCUCGGAUGAUUGAGAAGAAGCCAGUAAGAUUGCUGAUGGUUGGUCUGGAUGCAGCAGGGAAGACGACAGUCCUCUACAAACUUAAACUGGGAGAAAUUGUAACUACAAUUCCCACUAUUGGCUUCAACGUUGAAACAGUUGAUUACAAGAACAUCUCAUUCACUGUGUGGGACGUAGGAGGACAAGAUGUUAUAAGACCACUCUGGAGACACUACUAUCAAUAUACCACGGGUCUCAUCUUUGUGGUGGACAGUAGUGAUCGGGACCGAAUUGAGGAAGCUGCUUGGGAGCUUCAGAAAAUGCUUGAGGAAGAUUUACUAAGGGACGCAGUUGUGCUGAUUUUUGCAAACAAACAGGAUUUACCCCAUGCAAUGUCAGUCCAUGAGAUGACCGAGAGACUGGGGUUACAUGCUAUGAAGGGAAGAACUUGGUACGUCCAGUCAACUUGUGCAAUCAAUGGAUCAGGUUUAUAUGAAGGACUGGACUGGAUAGCAAAUCAGAUGUCCAAAAAAUAACACUGCACUUCAUAAUGUUAAUAAUUCUUACAGAAAUGUACAUUUGAAUGAAUAGGAUAUUUCUAUAUAUUUAU